AUGCCUCCACUGUCAAGAGGGCUGCGUAGAGCUGCCAGCUUAUCCCUCAGGUCACCACGUCAAAAGUUCGGCUCGCGCAGUGACUUCUUCAGGGUAUCCGAAGAAGUGCAAGAUGCUCUUCAGCAUGGCAAGCCAGUGGUAGCGCUCGAAACGACGAUCUACACACAUGGCUUUCCUUAUCCAGAGAACGUUGCGCUAUCCUCCCAUCUCGAAUCUUUGGUCCGUGUCAAUGGCGGAGUACCCGCCACGAUUGGAGUCCUUAACGGCGUCGCUCGGGUUGGCAUGCAGGCGGAAGAAUUGAUCGAGCUGGUUUCCAGCGCAGGAAGGGCAGAUACGUUGAAAGUCUCACGAAGAGACUUGGGAUAUGUUACUGGGUUGGGCCUUGCAGGCACAAAGCUCAACGGAGGGACAACGAUCGCGGCUACGAUGAUUUUGGCGCAUCUCGCGGGCAUAAAGAUCUUUGCUACGGGUGGUCUUGGAGGUGUCCAUCAAGGCGGCGAGAACUCGCUGGACAUAUCUGCUGAUUUGACCGAGCUGGGACGAACACCUAUUGCUGUGAUUAGUGCUGGCUGCAAAAGCUUUCUGGACCUUCCACGAACACUGGAGUAUUUAGAGACGCAGGGAGUCGGAAUUAGUACAUUUGCAGAUGGCCGCGCCGGAUCAGUUGACUUGCCCGCGUUCUACGUCAGAGAUAGUGGUAUCAAGAGCCCAAGAACCAUCAAGGAUGAAAAAGAAGCGGCUGCAAUUGUCUAUACGCAGUCAAGAUUUCCGGUACAAUCAGGUCUCUGGUUUGCUGGCCCAGUGUCUGCGAAAGACUCCUUGACGAAGAAGGAAGUGGAUGCUUGGGUCAAAGUAGCGGUGGAUGAGGCAGCCAGUAAAGGGAUAUACGGAGCAGCAAAUACACCUUAUAUACUGGACAAGAUCAAACAACUCAGUGGUGGCAGAUCUGUUACUGCAAAUAGGGCAGGCAUUUCGGCGAAUGUGGUUAGAGGGACGAAAGUUGCGGUUGAACUGGCGAAGCUGGAGCUCAGAGAAAAAGGUGUCCUCGAGCGACGUGCUAUUGGCAUUGAUACUGCUUCUUCGUUCAUUCCUGAACCAGCAAAAUUCGAAAGACCCCGUGUACACUCUCCAACGGCCGUUGCUUUCCCUGACAGCAGUCAAUACGAUGUGCUUGUAGCAGGAGCUUUAGCUGCUGACCUGAGUUGUGAUUAUGCUCCGCUGGAAGGCUUUGCAAACUCGGUGAAACCUCUGCCUCACACGUCCAACCCAGCAAUUUUCUUACGAAGCGUUGGUGGCGUCGGCCACAAUGUUGCUCUCGCAGCACACUACGCAGGCGCUUCGACAUUGCUUUGCAGUGCGGUGGGAGAUGAUAUCACAGGUCGUGCGCUUGUUGAGCAGGUAAGGACGAGUGAUCUCCCAUCCGUGGGGAUACAAGUGCUUCACCUGGCCCCAGACGCCCGGACGGCACAGUAUGUUGCAGUGAACGAUACCAACAAGGAGCUUGUGAUAGCAAUGGCAGACAUGUCCAUAUUGUCUUGUCCGCUUCUCGACUCGAAGGCCCAUUGGGAACAGAUCAUGACUCGGCAUCGACCGCGAUGGGUUAUUAUUGACGGAAAUUGGUCUAGCUCAAUCAUCUCGCAUAUCCGUGCGGCCGCAAGGUCCAUUGACGCUUGCAUCGCAUUCGAGCCCGUAUCUGCGCAAAAAUCGUCCCGACUGAGCAAGCUGAUCAAACCAGAUGACGUGAUCCCAGAUCACUUCGUUGACCUCGUAACGCCAAACGUCCUCGAGCUCCAGACAAUGUACCACACCGCACGGGAUGCUUUGCUCUUUGAGUCUGAAUCCUGGUGGUCAAUCAUCAAUGCCCUAAAUCUUCCAAGUGGUGGUUCGAGGGAGCUGUUCAUCCAAUUGACUGAUUCGCAGCUGGUAGAUCAAGGAAUACCGCAACAGUGCUUGCAGCUUCUUCCGUACAUGUGGACCAUUGUCACGAAACUGGGUGCUCAAGGAUGUCUGCUGUCGCAACUGUUGCCGCCAGGAGACCCAAGAUUACGAGAUCCAGACUAUGCGCCAUAUAUUUUGGGGCGAGCUUGUGAAGAGGAAAGGACAGUGGGAGGAGUCUAUAUGAGACUGUUCCCACCAGCGGAGCUUGUGAAGUCAGAGGACGUGGUCAGUGUGAAUGGUGUUGGCGACACUCUGCUUGGGGUGUUGGUAGCUGCUCUAGUCAAGAAUGGGGCAGGGGCUCGCAUAGAAGACGCGUUGAUGAUGGCCCAGCAAGCAGCCGUCAAAUCGCUGAAGACUAGUAAAGCAGUCAGUGAGGGGGUCAAGGGCAUUCUCGAUCAAUCGUGA